CAAUGGAAAGGAGACGAGUGAGGUUCCUGGCUCAUGAGACAAGCGUAUUCAAACAGUGAAUGGCAUCCGCACAGUGUGUGCAGUCCGCGGCGUGAGCUGUGUGUGUUACAAGUAGUUGGGGGCUGAGCCCGAGGGUAAGGGGAGCGCAGAGGAGACCCUCCGGCUGUUUAAGGGAAGGUCACCCCUUGGAUCCAAGCCCACUGCCCCUGAUGUUGUGAGAGGCCGAGCCGGGAGGGGUGAGAGCCGGCAGGUGAGGCUGGUGUCGGGCUGCAGCAACUCCUGGCUGGGUCCGCCCGGCCGCUGACGGCUGCCGGCGUCCCGAGGACCGUGCUUGUGUCCUGGGAUCCGUCCCGCACUCCGGAUACUUCUCUGCCUUUUAACUCUGCCGUGGCAAUCUGUCACCUUGUGCUCGAAUCUCUCUCUGAUCCGUUCUCCGGGAACCCGCGCUCUUAGUUCUGUGCUCGGGGACAACCCGUUCUCUCUCCCUCCCUUCGCCCUCUCCGUUCCCUCUUCCCCCUUCUCUCUCUUCCCCCUCUCUCUUUCUUUUCUCUCUCUCCUCCCCCUUCUCCCCACCUCUCUCUCCUCCCCUCUCCCUCCUCACGCUCAUUUCCCCUUCUCUCCAUUCUCCCACUUUCUUCCCCUCUCUCCUUCCCCAUCCCCACAUUCUCUCUCUCUCCCUCUUCCCCUCUCUACCCCUCCGUCCUCACUCUUUCUUCCUCCCCUCCCCUGCCGUCUCUCUGAUCCCGGCCCGGACCCCCCCCCCCCCCUCACCCUCACCCUCACCCUCACCCUCACCCUGUGCCGUGACACCCCUGCCGGCUCCGGGUGUUAUGCACCUGCUGGCGCCGGCGCUGCCGACGGUGUGUGACGGCGGGCUGGGCCCUUGAACAUGCCGGUGAGGAGCGGCUACAACUUGGUGGACGAUGUUGGUGACCCCAGGACCCCACUGCACAACGAGGAGGCUUUCCAACACGGCAUCCACUUCCAGGCCAAGUACGUCGGGAGCCUAGAUGUGCCGAGGCCAAACAGCCGCGUGGAGAUCGUGGCAGCUAUGCGGAGGAUACGGUAUGAGUUUAAAGCCAAGAACAUCAAGAAGAAAAAGGUGAGCAUCGUGGUGUCUGUGGAUGGAGUGAAGGUCACGAUGAGGAAAAAGCAAAAGAGGAAGGAGUGGACAUGGGAUGAGAGUAGGAUGAUGGUGAUGCACGACCCAAUCUACAGAAUAUUCUAUGUAUCACAUGACUCCCAAGAUUUAAAGAUAUUCAGCUAUAUCGCCAGGGAUGGUGUCAGUAAUACCUUCCGAUGCAAUGUGUUUAAAUCGAAGAAAAAGAGCCAAGCGAUGCGGAUUGUCCGUACAGUGGGACAGGCCUUUGAGGUUUGUCACAAGCUGAGUUUACAACAUGCAGAGCAGAAUGCUGACACUAUAAAUGACAACGCAACAGAAGAACAACUAUCUGGAAGUCUCCAGGUCCCUAGAGCAGAGAGGAAUGGGAAAGUGGACAGGGAGGCAGAACUCUACAGCACCAGUGACUGCGAUGGGACCGAGGUGGAAAUUGAUAAAGUAGCACAUCCCCUCCAGAGACGCUACCAGGAUUCCAAGGAAGGGACUCCCUUUGCAUCGUCCACCCAGCUGGCACAGUCUCCCAGCAGCCACUGCUCCUCGCUGACUCCGCUGGCAUCCCAGCACCACCUGCAGCUGCUUCAGUCCCAGCUACUCCAGCAGCAGCAGCAGACCCAGGUGGUCAUGGCUCAGGUGCACCUGCUGAAGGAUCAGUUGUCGGCUGAGACAGCGGCCAGAAUGGAAUCGCAGGCUCGCAUUCACCAGCUGAUGUUGCAGAACAGAGACCUCCUACAGCACCUCACCCUCUUGGUCAGGCAGCUGGAGGACCUGGAGAUGAGGCUGAGCGUCCAGCCAAUGGCUGAUCAAAGUAUGACCUCCAUUUCGGAACAGAUUUCGUUGUUGAAUCUUCACCACCGUGACCUCAUUAUGAAUAUUCCUUCUGCCUCGACCCCUGGAAAUGUUCCGAUUGGUUCCCCAGGGCCUAGUGACCUGGGUCGCUAUGACAAUGCUCAGUCCCUGGGAAAAGCCAGUGUCGAACUAACACUGGACAUUAGCAAUGGCCAAACAAUGAAUGGGGAGGAAGAGGCAAGCAGAAAGAUUGAAGGCUCGGUGGUGAACGGGACAACCAAUGCCAGGAGGGAGAUUGUGGGUUCAUCGACAUUUGAAGACCUGAGUCAGGAACCAAAGGCUGAAAGGUUUAAUCACGCCAUUCCACGACUCAACCCACCACCAGCCGUCACGAGGAAGCGCUCGACCAGAUCGCUCUUGUUAGCCGUGGAAUCCACCUCUCAGUGCGCCGAGCAGGUGGUGGUCAACAGUCUGCUGCAGACCUCACACAGGUCGAGUUUCACAGAUGUUUCCUCCUGUACUUUUGCUUCGUCUGACUUUGACUCUGAAGCCUGGCAGCCCACUGAUGAAAAGUUUUGCCCCACGCAGCUCUGGCCUGCAGCCAAGCCUCCCACCAUGACUGUCACUGAGAAGGAUGGAACCGCAAUCAAUCUGCCUGCUCGCUGUGGGCACCAGGCGGACACGUCAAACCCUCAGGUAGAUUUUCCUCUCCGUACCCCGGCCAGCAGCUGUAAUGGCCCUCUAGACCACACCAACAGCACCCUCCCCUUCUCCCCACCACUCAAUGAGACCUGCCUGCACAUCAGUUUCUCAGAGGAUGAGCUAUUGGACAAUGACACUGAAGACUCAAGAGUACAGCAAACUGCCUCAGUGGAAGUCACAGAUGGUCUAACUUCUAGCUAAAGCUUAUACUUAUGCUGCCAGCCAUCCCUAGUUAAUCUAGUACUGUUCAAGCUUUGGAAGGGUCUUGAAAUCCUUUCUUAUUCCUUGCAAGGUCCAAGGGUUAUUUUCUGUCACGUUCCCAGGAGGAGAACCAGGGUUUGAACGCCAUAUUUCUCCGAGACACUGUGGACAUUUGUUUCUGAAUUCCAGUCAGCUACAGUUUCCCAAGUUGCUUUGGCUUCAUUCCUGGAGCAGGUUCUAAAACCAGCAAGGCACAUGCUCGACCCUCACAUGUGGUCCAACUACCUGGAAAUCGAGGAGAAAAAAGGAUGGUGUAUCACAUUGUAGUAUCUGCAGUGUCUAUGCACAAGUUCUUUUCCCAGUUGAUACUGCCUUCCAUCUUUCAGUUUCUUGUACGUGGAGAAAAAAACAAGCAGUUUAUUGCGCAAUAUUAUUAAUGACCUCGAUCACUAGAAAUGAGCCAUCCAAUGCAUAACAGUCUCCUCACUGCCAGUGAUGGGCUCUGCACUGUAGGGACCAUGGUUCUGUUUUUUAAAUAAAAAUGACAACAUUUGGCUGCCAUUGUGCUCUGGGAGGACCGAUAUUACUGCUUUUGUUGGGUUGCCAUUUACUGAAAGGCUUUAAAAAUGGAUUUGUUUUAUACUUUAUAAAUAUUAACCUAAACACCUUUCGAAUGUGCUGUGUUUGUGUUGAUUCUUGAUGUCAUCCUAACUGUGAAGAUACCUCCAUGUUCUUCCACCAAAGCCAUAGGUUGUUGCGUUGACGGGCGCAAGAUCCCAAAUCAUGUGGUGGGCAGUCCAAAGGGUUGUGCCAGACCCGUCUCUUUCUUCCUUUGCUGGUCUCUGGUGUUGUGGCAUUGCUCCAUUUCACCACAUCAGUUCUUGACCAACGCCUGGAUACCGAGCUGGUUUAGGUCCUGAUCUCCUCUGCUUUCCCUCUAUCUGUGUAAAAUUUUACUGUAUCCUACACUGUGAAAUGGAUUCCAGUUUGGUGACCAUUCUUGCCUUGAUUAACCAUUAACAAUGUGGCUUUUGAGCUGUUUCCGCUUCCACUCCCGUCAUUGAACACGGCCUUCCCGGCAGCAGCGGUUCUUGUACCUUGGCGCAACCGAUUCCUCCCACAUCCAAAGACGAGCAGGUUGGUGGAUUGACGGUCACAGUAAAUUGUACAAUUAUACCCAAUGAGUGGUAGAAUUUGGUGGAAUGGGGGUGGAAGUUAAUAGGAAUGAAGGGAGAAUAAAAUAGAUUAGGGUAAGGUUUGUCAGUGUGGGCUAAGUGGCCUGUUUCCAUGAUGGAUCUCUCUGUGACUAAAUGGUUCUUCGAGGCUUUGGCUUUGUCUGAUUCUGAAUCAGAUGGCGGGCAGCCUGGAAGCCCUGAUCUGGGCCUUGGUGUCCUCGUUCUAGGACAGCUAGAAGGUUUAGCUUUCAGUAAGGAGUAAGGAUUGAGA